CAGCUGUUUCAAUCAGGUUCGGCUAGCUGCUAACUUACUGCUAUGCUAUCAAACAGGUUGCUUAGCCUGGAUAGCCAACACGCUGCUGGGUUAGAUAAAUGCAGCACCGUUACAACAGGGAGUUUGACAACAUAUGGAUUAUCGAGUGAACAUGCGGACAUGUGACUGCAAAUAGGAAAACUGAAGAUGGACAAGGAGAGCAAACUGUCAUCUGCUGUCCAGUCUUUUGACCAUAAACAACAGAGGAGACAGAGAAAGGAGCCUGCUGAACCACACACAGUCUCAUCACCACCUCGGAUGUUGCCAAAUCCUUAUGUGUCCAUCCACAGUUUAAGAGGGAACCGGUCAGGUCUGAGCCCAAAGCAGAAUCCAUCAAAUACAAAUGGAGUGCCAGCAGGAAAAGUAGGAGAUGUGUCGCGGAGUCAUGGCUACAGCAGCAGCCGUCGUGUCAGAGAGACCAGUCAUGAUUUCCUGCAGAGAGACAGGUCCCUAUGGGAUCCACAAGCAAAGACAUCAAAAAGCAUCUCUCCUGCUCAAGGUAGAGUUAUGGGCAAGAGCUCACUGGAUGCACAGAAAAAAGGUUUUAGAAGUGCCAGAUCUGCCCCGAACUCUGCAGGAGAGUCAAAACCAGCACAGACAGAUUUGGUCCCAUUUGAAGUGAAGAUAUCUGAUUUCCCAGAGUUAGCUGGUGUUUCGCUGGGCAAAGCAGGCCCUCCUCUUUUUCAGAGAGUGUGCUGGGCUCCUCAUUCCCCGAGCCCUGUAAUGCAAACAUCGAUAUCUUCCUGGAGGUCUGGCAGGAGAGGAUCCCCAACACAGCCUGACCCCCAACAAAUUGCCACUAAUGCUAAGCCAGAUUCCUCUGCCGCUUCACAAGGUCAGCCGGUGGUGACUUCCUGGGCUAAUGUUGCCUCUCAGCCUCCAAAAAAACUUGAGACAAUCAGCAGCAACCACAUGCAGACGGAGGAAAUGGCUGCACAGCAGGAAGAGGGAGCCCCGGGUAAGAAAAAACGGAAGAAAAAGAAUAAGAAGGCGAAAGGUGCUGGUGAAGAUGGAGAAGCUGAGUCGGAAGGGCCAGCAAUUUAUCAGGAGCCUCCAAAAUUUGAGGAUGAAGAGGAGUUUCCAGGCUUGACUCUUGCUUUAACUGGGACUAAUAGAUUGAUAACAAGCCGCAAUGCAGCACAACUAUGCAAUGAGGAAAACCAAAGAGAAGGUGUUCAGCAACAGUCUGCUGACAAAUCACCUGCAGCAAAAACUCAGCCCAUAGAGACAGCUAAGAAAGGACAGAAAGCUGAAAAGGCGUCUGGGAAGAAGAGCAAGGCUCCUGUUCAGCUGGACAUCGGAAACAUGUUGGCCGCCCUGGAAAAGAAGCAACAAUCUCAAAAGGCUAAGCAUGACGCCAAGCCAGUCAUUCUGUCAGUUGGUGGAGGACUACCUGUUGUCCAGAAGCAACCAUUAAUCCAGAAGAAGCUGCCCUGGCAGCAGGAUAAAAUUGCACACAAUCCCCUGGACUCCACCAGCCCUUUGGUGAAGAAAGGCAAGCAAAGAGAGGUGCCCAAAGCCAAGAAACCCACUCCUCUCAAGAAGGUUAUUUUGAAAGAAAGGGAGGAGAGGAAACAAAGGCGUUUGCUGGAGGAGAGAGGGCUGCUGCCUGAAAAUGACUUCCAACCUGCUAAUGAUGCCGCAGAAGAAGAGCAGUGUGACACAAAUGCCACAGAUGAGGUUGGGAGUCCUACAGAGGAAUUUGAUGAUCAGUCGGAGUUUAAUGGCACAAACCAGAUGGUGAAAGAAGGUGAUGAAGAGACCGACAAAGACGAGACCGUAGAGCAACAAACCACCUCACCUGUGCCCUGCCCAGCCAAUCGACCCAAAAUCCACAGCAGAAAGUUCAGAGACUAUUGCAGCCAGAUGCUGAGCAAAGACGUGGACGAGUGUGUGACGGCUCUGCUAAAGGAGCUGGUUCGUUUCCAGGACCGCCUGUACCAGAAGGACCCCAUGAAGGCCCGCAUGAAGAGACGGAUUGUGAUGGGGCUCAGAGAGGUCCUGAAGCACCUCAAACUCAGGAAGGUCAAGUGUGUCGUCAUCUCACCCAACUGUGAACGCAUCCAGUCCAAAGGAGGCCUGGAUGAGGCUCUUUACACCAUCAUCGACACUUGUCGUGAACAGGGGGUGCCGUUUGUGUUUGCCCUCUCCCGGAAAGCUUUGGGUCGCUGCGUCAACAAGGCGGUGCCCGUCAGCCUGGUGGGCAUCUUCAACUAUGAUGGUGCACAGGACUUCUAUCAUAAGAUGAUCGAGUUGUCAUCUGAGGCCAGGAGAGCCUAUGAGGAGAUGGUGUUGAGCCUGGAGCAGACUGGUCAGGCAGAGGCAGAGCAGGCGGUGAACACUGAGGAAAUGGUGCCGAUCAGCAGCCUGGCUGAGGAGGCUGACGCCACACAGGAACCAGAAUACAUAAAAAUUUGGAAGAAAAUGUUGGAGAAGGAUUGCAACCAUAAAUUUCUGAACUUUGAGGAGCAGCUGAGCUCCAUGCGCUUGGACAGUGAAUGCACUGAAAACACUGACGAAGAUGAGAAGAGUUGACAGUGGCAAAGCCUUCCGUGCCUAAAAAACGAAGUCACUCGUGCUCCAUCACCAGCUUAGAAGAAGCUAGGAUGGACUUAAUACCACAUGCGGAUAAAGAGCAAUGCAAGGUGCUCUGCUGCAGUGUUUCUGGGGAUUUUGUCAGGAAAUUUAUCAUGUUGCUAAUAUUUGCAAUGAAUUACGAGUUCCUUUUUAUCUUCUUUUUCAAAAGUUAUAUUUUUGUGUUUGAGUUUGGGAUAAUUGGGCAAAGCUGUGUAUUUUAAGAGAGUGUGUGUGUGCAGGUUAUAAACUGGAGAGGUUAACCACUGAUUUACCAGGACCAAACCAGUUACUUGAAGAGAUCCCACAAUAUGAAUUUUCACCAUGUUGUCUGUGAACAUGGCUAGAGGAUGUGCAGGGGUUUAUGUACUGAAUGUGUGUAGAAUAUCAACCAGUUAGACAGUACUAAGAAAUUAUCAGUGUGUUUUGGACUUGGUCAACUUGGUAUUUUUGUUUUUCUCUUAUCAGUUAGGUUCAGUUUAAAGUACUUUUCUGGCAUUUUUGCUUUUAUUUGAGAGGCACAUUAGAGAAAUGACAGGAAAUGAAGGGAGAGAGAGGAUGGAGGACGUGCGACAAAAGUCCCAAGCCAAACUCGAACUGUGGGCAUUGCAAUUACAUGGUCAGUGUCUAAUAUGGGCUCAAAUAAGGACCAAUACGAUUAACCCUUUGUAAAACUGUGGGGAAAAAACUCUGCAUGAGAAAUUCAAGUUUAUGAAUGUAGAAAAGAUUUGUGGUUGCUGAAAAAGAGUUCCCACACUGUGUAUGACCCUGAAGUUACACAUAACACCCUGCUUUUGUCUGUCAAAGCACGGCCAAAGUAUACUGUUUUUUUUUUUUUUGUUAGUAUCCGAAAAAACAACAUACUAAACCAAUUUAAACUAACGAGAAAUUAUACAAUACUUGCGCCAUCAGAUGUUAAUCAAACUGCGACUUUAAAAUGCCACUAUUUAAGUUUGAGAUUUCCUUUGUGCAUUCCAUUGCAUUGUGGGAGAAUAGUGUACAUCGACAGCACACAAAUUUAACACAAAUAAAACAAAUUUAUUUACACAUUCUUAAAAAAAGAAAUUCUACAACUACAAAUCAUUUCUACACAUUUCAGUUUUCUACAGAUUUACAAAGGGUGAUACACAACCAGAGACUUCUGAAUUAUUUCUGAACAUAAUUUCACAAGCUCAAAAUCUUAUUGACCCUUACUUGAACCGAGUCUUAAGCAACCAUGACACACCUAGGUUCAGUUUAGAGUUAAAAGUUAAGCUAUGCUGCUUCUUUGCAUAAGAAAUGAAAUCCUUUUUUACAUGACAAGUCAGAACUUUAUGUAUCCUGUUUGCACUACAUAGUAGAGCCUGUGUUUUUUUUUUAUUUGCCUGAGACUACCAAAGUACUACACAAUGUAUGUUGUACUACCUGUGAUUAGGUGUAAAUGGUAGCAUUUGAUUUUCUUGUAACAGGAAGAACAGCAAAAUAAUGUUAAGAAACAUUACCUGCUGUUAACUUGACUUGGUUGAAAAGUUGUUUAGUGAGUUUUCUGUUGACCUACAUAAUGAGAAAGAAACUAUAAAAUAGCAUAAUGAUAAAACAGGACAAAUUACAGUGAUCUGCUUAAGUGCUAGGUGACAGCCACGUUGAAAGAAGCAAUAAAUGACAAAUUUUGAAAUGGGCAAAAUUAAUUAAGAAUUUAGAUUUUAGAGAACUGAGAUGAAGAUUGUAAUAGAGAGAAGACUUAUGAUUAUGACCUAUGAACAUUUUGAAGUAGAAAUUGCUAAUAUAAACAUUUCAGUCAAAGGUGGUGUAAUGUCGGAUGUGGUAAAAAUGUUCCAAAUCUUAGGUUAAGUGUAGAAAUAGGUUAUUAUUGAAUAUUAUUGUUAUUGGAAGUUGGUAUGGGAUUGGGUCCAUGCAAGGUGGACCUGAUAGCACGAAGCAUCACGUCUUGCAGAAUUAUGUCUUGGUACAAUUCUGCAGGGAGGAAGAGGAAGAUGUUAAUAGGCUGUUUUCAUGGCAGACAUUUUGACAUGUUACAACAGGAAAAGCACAGGUGUUAUUAAUGUUAUUAGUAACACCUGUGCUUUUCCAGCUAUGACAAGCCAAAUGUCUGCUGAAGUCAUAAGUUUCAUAUGAAUCUUACAGGAAAAGUUCAACAUUUUGGGAAAUAUGCUCAUUCGCUUCCUGGUGGAGAGUUAGAUGAGAAGAUGAAGCCACUCUCAUAUUGGUCUGUUAAGGCUACAGCUGGUUAGCUUAGUUUAGCAUAAAGACUUGAAACAGGGGGAAACAACUAGCCUGGCUCUGUGCCAAAGUAACAAAAUCUGGCUAUUAGCACCUCUAAAGCUAACAUAUCAUAUCUCAUUUGUUUAAUCCUUGCAAAAAUUGAAGUAUAAAAACGACUAUUCACUGUUUUACGGGUCGUUUAUGUGCCAGACUAUUUCUUGGCUCUCAUCAGUUCCCGGCAUUCAGCAGAGACUCCAGGAAGUUGUUUGCCGCCAAUAAAUAGUCCAGCAACGUCAAACUUAUCCUUUAAAUGCUAUAUUAUAAAGUGGUUCAGUAAAUUCUGUGGUGGUAAGAGACCAAACUGUGAAACAAUAGGAACUUAAAACUGCACAAUGCAAGGCCCUAAUGUUGUUGUAAAGAUAUAUUUUUUGAUUCAGCUUUUAUAAAUUCUUGACUAUUAACUCUGUAUAUAAGAUGGAGUAUAGACAAAUUUCCUAGCAGAAUGGAGAUACAAACAGCACAUUAUUUUUUUAUUACAUUAAUAAUCAGAUGUUUCAGUUGUCUCAUGUUAAAUAGGAAAUUUCAAUCAGAGGACAGUUUGGAGUUGAUCAAUUACAUUAUCAAUGUAAAGUGUCAUUUGCAUAAAGAGGACAAAUACAGUAUUUUACUUUGAGUGUGGGUCAUUAAUAUACAAGAGGAAGAGUAGUGGACAGAGUACGCUUCCCUGAGGCAUCCCAAUAUCACUGAGGGGGAGAGUCUUCAAAACUAAAAAUCUAACCACCUGGAAACUGUUUAAAUGUAAAGAAAAAAGGAAAAUUAAGAAAGAAUUGGAUAUUUUUGUAAUUUCAAAUGAUUAACAUUUGUCAGUAGAUAUUACAGGUAAUCUGAAUGAUGUGAAUAAAAAAUCUUGGAAAAUA